UGAUGCAACAGGAUGCGAUCAUGACAUUUUGCCUACAGCCACCCAGGUAUGUUAGUGUUGAGGGUGUGGCUGUAGCCAGUAGCCUUCCUGUCUGCCGGUUGGAACAGUGCUCAGCUGCAGUAUAAAAUACACACACAUGAACAAGACACUCUCCGACUUUACACUGACUGACACACAGCUCAGGUGGAUAUUUGCCUGCUGGUGGUCUAUUCAGGUGGGUUUUACCUGUUGGACCUUACCCCAUAAGGGAAGAGAGCUCACUUCGUUCAGUGCUCUGAUCCCCACUCUUUCUAUUACAUUGGACUUGUGUAGCACUUUGUGCACAAUAUAGCGGUACAUUUGUCAAAGACUCGGACAUAAACCCCCAGAGAGAAAGCAGGGGAAGACAGGAGCACGGGCACACUCCCAAGGGAUAGGUAAAAAUCUUGAGAGGAACCAGACUGCAACAACUUGACUGGGCCGUUGGUCUCUAUAUAUUUGGACAUGCCGCUGUGGAGACGGACAAAUGCUGGCGAUGAGGAGUGCAACCGGGCCGUGCUGGUCUCCGAGUCAAACUUUGACCAUGGGGUGCCACUGGGCAGGAGGCCGGCAGAGAAAGACACCAAGAGACUCCACAGUGCCUUGACCAGACUGGGCUACAGGGUGGACAUACACAUGGACCUUAACGCUCAGGACGUUUACACACUCUUCAAAACUGAGAGCGAGCAGCCGGUGAAAGAGUGCUUCCUGGCAGUGCUAUCAUCUCACGGGGAGGAGGGCUGUGUGUUCGGGGCGGACGGAAUGCCGGUUAGACUGUCCCACAUCUUCUCCUGCUUCAACAACACACACAUGGAGGGAAAGAUCAAACUGUUUUUCAUCCAGGCGUGUCGUGGGGGUGAGCUGGAUGAUGGGGUGACAGUGGAGACGGAUUCAGCAGGAAGUGACAUCAUUGAGGACACCUUGUCUCAAUACCUGUCCAUCCCCAUGGAUACGGCAGUUAUGUACGCCACCGCACCAGGUUACGGGGCGUUCAUGCACCCUCUGGGGGCCGUCUUCCUCCAGACAUUCUGCAUCCUAUUGGAGGAGGAAGGGGGUGGUGCCCUGGAACUGACACGCCUUCUGACACGCCUUUCCCAUCGUGUGGCCUUCUGCUUCGAGGCCAAAGGUCGUCUGCUGGGGGGGAAAAAGGAAAUGCCUUGCUUCCUAUCACGACUGACCAGAGAGGUGUUCCCAUUUGCCGUGCCCGGAAGGAGGGCGUGGCCAAUGGAUUUUCUGCCGCAACAUUCGUCAACCCAGAGUACAACAGACCUUACAAACAUUAUAUAAGCUAAACCCAAAGCCUUUGUUAGAUCUGAAGAGAACGGUCUCUCCCGGAUUGUUAGGCUUGACUCUUGCUCUGUCAGCUAGUACAGUUGACUUUGAGUGUUGUUGGUCAGAGGGUUGUGAGUUCGUGCCUAGGUUGGGAUGGAAUUUCCACUCUGUUACGUUUGUGUGCAUGAAAUAAAAAUAACAUUGUGAAGAUCAGACGUGUGGAUGCAGGAACAGAUCAGGUGUUGAUGGUUUCAUCAUAAAGUAGAUUAUCAUGGCCCCUGUCCUCUACAAACUAAUGCAUCUUAAAAUAUCCUAGAAAAUGAAAGGUAUACUACACAUCGAGUCUUGUUUCUUUCAUUAAAAUGGCUACCUAUCGCUUA